AUGUUUCGCUCACUAUACGAGAAGGUGGUGCCGCCCAACUCAGACACCACACUCACCAAGGAACGUCCAGAUGGAUUUCUCACAGCAAAAGGCAUAGACGCACUUUUCUCAAGGACGAACCCCGAAAUAGACGGAGAAGAAUGUCUACACGACUGCGCCAGCUGCUCAGUCACCCUCCCCAGGAAGUGGUCGAUAAAUGAGGAUGACAAGCUGUAUGGUGGAAUAAAUGGCUGGAGUAGACACUUGCUGGUGGCGACCGGUCAAACAGACUGGGUGCGAUCGGUCGAAGAUGUCAAGGGCAGCGUAAUGGAGGCAGUAGGAGAUCAUAUGAGCAAAGUCGAAGGCGGAAAACUCAUGCUCAGCGCAAGCAAUAUCCCUCCACCAGAAAUCGCAGGCGAUCACAUUGGCCCAUAUGGAAAAGACCGACCGACAACAGUCCUACUCAUGCCUUCGUUCACAUACAUCGAAAACGUAACACCGAAACACGUUCCCCAGCUGAUCGAGAGCGUCAUAAACACCGCACCGACCAACACAACACGACUAGAUUCUCCAAAAUUACAGUCGAACGGUACAAACUCAAACGGCGAUGUCCCACAUACUCCCAUGCCACCACCUCCCAAAAACCUCCCAGCAGGCCUAACCAUCCGCGCCUGUCCCCACAAAUACAUCAUCCUCCUCUGCUCCCAAGCCACCCGCGACGCCCGCUGCGGCCAAUCCGCACCUCUACUCCGCAAAGAACUCGAACGCCAUCUCCGCCCUCUCGGCCUCUUCCGGGACCUCCACGACGAAAGACCCGGAGGCGUAGGCAUCUACUUCAUCUCGCAUGUCGGCGGACACAAGUACAGUGCCAAUAUGAUGGUAUACCGGAGAGCGGAGGUGAGGAGGACGGUUCAAGAACAGAUGGAGAAUGGCGAGCCCAAUGGAGAGAAGAGUAAUUUUGAGCAGGGGGAGGCCGCUCAGUGUUUUUGGCUCGCGAGGAUCAGGCCGGAGGAUUGUGAGAAUGUUGUGAGGUUUACGGUUUUGCAAGGGAAAGUUGUGAAGCCGGAGAGGCAGUUGAGGGGAGGCUUUGAUCGGGAGAAGGGGGUUGUGAGUUGGUGAGCAUUAUCUCUAUCGUUGAUAAAGGGGGAGUAGUGGUGAAGAAGUGGCGGCGUUAUCGCUCCCUACCUUCCUGUCAGACGAGGCAGAACCUAGCUCCAUGUCAUUCACAAUCCAGCGCUGAAAGCUC